UUGAUGCUAGGCCUAGUAUAUUUUGUUAUUAAUAAUAAAAUAAUAUAAUAACUUGUUAAAAAUGAUUGUUAAAUUAUUUAGCUUUAUUUGGUUAUUGAUAAAUAGUGUAGAUACUUUUCCGAGGAGAAAAUACAAUUUUACAGUACCAAGUGAAGUUAAAAGAACAGUUCCAGAUGCUAUUGCUUAUUCAAUGAUUGACUUGGAGAGGCUGAUAACAACAAGACAAGAUCCAGAAGUUAGUCCAGGACUUUUUCAAGGUGACAUUGCCAUGACUAAUGAGCAUUAUAAUUAUUGGCGUAUUGCUCUUCGUUGGGAUAUAUUUCCUGAUAAAUUAUGGAAAAAUAGAACUGUGUCUUAUGUCAUUAGUCCACUCUACAAAACUCAAGAUUAUAUAACAAUAUACAAGGCAAUAACAUAUUUAAACUACAUGACUUGUAUUAAUUUCGUACCAUGGGAUGAAGUCUCCAAGGACUUUAUUAUCAUUUGGCCCAUGAAAUAUCCCAGUGGAUGCUGGUCAUUUAUUGGAAGAUUUGGAGGAGCUCAAUUAUUAAGCCUCCAGCCUCCAGAUGAAAGAGGACCAAAUUGUCUUGGUGAUGAGGGUCGUGCUAUUCAUGAAUUGAUGCAUGCACUUGGUAUUUUUCAUGAACAAGCUAGAGCUGAUCGUGAUGAUUUUGUUGAUAUUCAUUAUGAAAACAUCAUGCCAGAUUUCUUGAUUAAUUUUGAUAAACAAAGUCUUGAAAAUACAACAUACAGUUAUGAGUAUGAUUAUCAGAGUAUUAUGCAUUAUGGAAGUUUUUAUUUUAGUAAAAAUCCAGGAAAACCAACGAUAACACCAAAAAUACCUGGUGCAAUACUUGGACAAAGAAAAAGUAUGACAAAAACUGAUUGUCUCAAAGUUAAUGAACUUUAUGGAUGUUUAAAUGAUUCAUCUGAAGCUAAAAGAUGGUACAAUAUAUGCAAUGCACUUGGGAUUUAAAUUGAAAAAUUAAUUUUACAUUCAUUUAAAAAUAUGAUUUAAAAAUUGAUAAUAAUUUAUCAAUAACAAUAAUUAUAAACAAUGGAAAAAAAAUUGAAAUCGAUAUUCAAUACUAUAAAGCGUUCAAUACUAUAAAGUUUUAAUAGCAUAUAUUAUUUAAAUAAGCACUAUAUUUAUUUUCGAGAUGGCUUAUUUUUAUUACACAUGAGUGCCUACCUCAGAAUUACACGUAGCAUAUAGUGCUAAGGCCUUGAAAUCUUCGUUCUUUAUUUAUUUAUUUUGUUGAUGUGUGUUUUUUUAACUUCUACUUUUGCUAGGCCAAAUAGUACAUUUUGUUAUUAAUAAUAAAA